AUGUUCCGGCUGCCCUCGGAUGUGACGACUGACUUUUUCCAAACACUGGACUGGUCUCAAGUUCAAAACCAUGUCAAAAAUGCAGCUCCAUCCCCAGUACCGCCAUCAAAUCCACCUCAUCGCAGUCCUUCAGCUUCUUCUCUACCUCCUCCUCGAGGUGAAGGUCAAGCAGCAGAUCCAUUCGCAUUGUUCACAACUUUAUCCGAUAAUCAGCCUGCCUCAUUAUCAAUGGUUACGUCGCCCAGUUGGAGUAUCCCACGGCCACUCGUGAGUUAA